UGGCGAGCUUCUACCGUUUCAGGUUAGUCCGUUGUGGGAACACAGCAGAGAGAGUACCUUUGUCCAGUUAACUUAUUGUUCAGAAGUUAUUCAGUUCGAGCAAAAUGAGGGAAAUUGUGCAUCUACAGGCCGGCCAGUGCGGAAACCAAAUUGGAGCUAAGUUUUGGGAGGUGAUAAGCGACGAACAUGGCAUCGACCCCACGGGAACAUACCAAGGAGACAGCGACCUGCAGUUGGAGAGAAUCAACGUCUAUUACAACGAGGCUACAGGUGGCAAGUAUGUUCCUCGUGCUGUGCUGGUGGACCUGGAGCCAGGCACCAUGGACUCUGUCAGGUCUGGUCCCUUUGGGCAGGUGUUCAGACCAGACAACUUUGUCUUUGGUCAGAGCGGAGCAGGUAACAACUGGGCUAAGGGCCACUACACCGAGGGAGCUGAGCUGGUGGACUCAGUCCUGGAUGUGGUGAGGAAGGAGGCAGAGAGCUGUGACUGCCUGCAGGGCUUCCAGCUCACUCACUCUCUGGGAGGAGGCACUGGCUCCGGCAUGGGCACCCUGCUUAUCAGCAAAAUCCGAGAGGAAUAUCCCGACCGGAUCAUGAACACUUUCAGUGUGGUGCCCUCACCUAAGGUGUCAGACACAGUGGUGGAGCCCUACAAUGCCACGCUAUCCGUCCACCAGCUGGUUGAGAACACAGAUGAGACCUACUGCAUCGACAAUGAGGCCCUGUAUGACAUCUGCUUCCGCACACUGAAACUCACCACACCCACCUAUGGCGACCUCAACCACCUUGUCUCUGCCACCAUGAGCGGUGUGACCACCUGCCUGCGCUUUCCUGGCCAGCUAAAUGCUGAUCUGAGGAAACUGGCUGUCAACAUGGUGCCCUUCCCCAGGCUGCACUUCUUCAUGCCAGGAUUUGCUCCCCUGACAAGCCGCGGCAGUCAGCAGUACAGAGCGCUGACAGUCCCUGAACUUACUCAGCAGAUGUUUGAUGCCAAGAACAUGAUGGCGGCCUGUGACCCGCGUCAUGGCCGCUACCUCACAGUUGCUGCCAUCUUCCGUGGGCGCAUGUCCAUGAAGGAGGUGGACGAGCAGAUGCUGAACGUACAGAACAAGAACAGCAGCUACUUUGUGGAGUGGAUUCCAAACAAUGUGAAGACGGCCGUCUGCGACAUCCCACCCCGCGGCCUCAAGAUGGCUGCCACCUUCAUCGGCAACAGCACAGCCAUCCAGGAGCUGUUCAAGCGCAUCUCUGAGCAGUUCACUGCCAUGUUCCGCCGCAAGGCCUUCCUCCACUGGUACACGGGCGAGGGCAUGGACGAGAUGGAGUUCACCGAGGCUGAGAGCAACAUGAAUGACCUGGUGUCAGAAUACCAGCAGUACCAAGAUGCCACCGCUGAGGAGGAGGGAGAGUUUGAGGAGGAAGGAGAGGAAGACAUGGCCUAGAAACCACGUCUUGUGUCUGUUCUGGCAUCCAAAUGGUUUCUCCAGCCUUAGUUUUGACUGUUCACUGUUACUUUUACUGUUCUAUUGUUCUGUUCUGCUUUGGGUGUUUAUGUUUGUAACCUCUCCUCUCUUUUCACUGUUUGUAUGAAUUCUCAAGCUCUUGACCUGUAAGUUUGACAAACAUCAUUAAAAUGAAUGUUAACGUACCAGUGUCCAGUUCCGGGCACCCUUUUUUCCAAUUUGACACCUGCACUCCUUUAUGUGACAUAUUAAUUGUAGAUUUCCAGUAUAGUUAUUUGUUAUUUGAGCACAAAAUUUGCACUAAAAGACAGAUUACUGCAAAGAAUAUUGCCUGGAAUUAACCAGUGGCAUGUUAUCACAAGUGUACCUGUUCUGCAAUGUUACUGACAGUUGACAAUUUUUGGUUAGCUUUAAAAGAAUGAAAGUUUGUAAUGGUCCUAAAUGGUCUGGAAUAAAUCUUUCUACUCUAAAACCA